UAGAAAUGUUAUAAAUACGGGGACAAUUUUCGGUUGAAGUCAUUCUUGUUUUUGGACCUCGUCGAGACAGAGGCUGAACAACAAAGCAACCAUGCGUGGACUGACUCUGUGUACCCUGGCCGUUCUGGUCGUCGUAGCUAGCGGAGCAUUCGCCCCACUCCGCCAGGCCAAGGAGAGAAUCGCCGGCCGCUACAUCGUCGGCUUGAAGGAUGAUGUUGAUGUCGAUAUGAUUGCUGAGAGACUUCAGGGCGUCUUCCGCUCCGGCAAGUUCCAGGCCCGCAUCUUCAAGCGCAUCAGGAACGUCAUGAAGGCUCUGACCGUUCAGCUGAACGAGAAGGCUCUGGAAAUGGUUCGCGGCUUGGACUUUGUUGAAUUUGUGGAGGAAGACGGUAUCGUCAGGACCCAGGCUCUCGGCUCAUGGGGUCUGGACCGUGUCAACCAGAGGGAUCUGCCCCUUGAUGACAGCUACACUCCAUCUGCUGAUGGCAGCGGUGUCAGCGUGUACAUCGUUGAUACCGGAGUUGUCCCAACCCACGUUGACUUCAACGGCCGUGCUACUGCCGCUUAUGACGCCAUUGGUGGAGAUGGUAUUGACUGCAACGGUCACGGAACCCACUGCGCCGGUACCGUCGGCAGUGACACUUACGGUAUUGCCAAGAACGCCGACCUCUACGGUGUGCGUGUGCUCAGCUGUCUGGGAUCCGGCUCUUUCUCCGGCAUCAUCGACGGUAUGGACUGGGUGGCCACUAACGCUCGAUUCCCCGCCGUGGCUUCCAUGUCUCUCGGUGGUGGUGCCUCCCUCUCCGUCGAUCUGGCCGUCAGGAACCUCGUCACUGCCGGUGUCACCGUCUCGGUCGCCUCCGGUAACAGCAACGACGACGCUUGCGAUUACUCCCCAGCCAGAGCUCGUGAUGCCAUCUCUGUUGGUGCCACCGACAUCAGUGACAGCAGGGCUUCCUUCUCCAACUACGGCGCCUGUGUUGACAUCUUCGCCCCCGGUGUGGACAUCACCAGUACCUGGACUGGCCGCUCCAACACUGCCACUAGCACCAUCAGCGGUACCUCCAUGGCUUGCCCCCACGUCUCUGGUGUUGCUGCCCUUCUCCUGGGCCAGAACCCCAGCUUGACUCCUGAUGAGGUUAUGGCUCAGCUCCUGGCUGACGCCACCUCCGGCCGAGUCUCCAACAAGGGAGUCCUGUCCCCCAACCUCCUGCUGUACACCAACCUGUAAACGAACACGUUCCGGUUUCAUCGGGCCUGGAAACUACAUGGAUUUGAUGUUCUUCGCGGCAUCAGAAACUCAUCGGCGACCAUCAAGUCUAUGGAUCUUAGGGCUCCGUUAAUUAAUUAUU